AUGCCCUUCAGGCUCAGGGAGCUGGGGCGCGGGCGGAACGGUGCGCGGAGCCGGCCGGAGCCCGGGGUGCUCCCGCCGCCGCCCCGGCCGCGCCAAGGCGCUCCUUGCGCUGCUGGGCGCGCGCUCUGCUCGGACCUCCUGGCCACCGCCACCUGCGCCGGCUACUCGGAGGACCGCUGCGGCUGGAGCGGCAGCGGCCUGACCCAGGAGCCGGGCAGCGUGGGGCAGCUGUCCCUGGCCUGUUCGGAGGGCGUGAUCCAGUGGCUGUACCCGGCCGGGGCGCUGCGCCUGACCCUGGCCAGCUCCGACUCCCGACUCCCUCAGGCGCUCCAGCACCGCCUUCCUUGUGCCCGGCGCGGCCCUUCGCAGGCGCGCAAGUCUUCGCGGAGCGGGCGGGCGGGCGGCGCCCUGGAGCUGCUGCUGGCUGAGGGUUUGGGCCCAGCGCGGGGCCGAUGCGCCACCCCGCACCCAGACAUCAGCUGCCGCGUGGCCUCUUUCCGCUUUGAAAUGCACGAGGACAGGUAUCCAGAACUGCCUCCACAGGCCCACGGUCUUGGUGCUGAUGGUGCCUGCAGGCCCUGCAGUGACCCUGAGCUCCUGCUGGCCGCGUACACCAGCGACUUUGUGAUCACUGGAACCAUCCACAGCGUUGGCCACGACACAGAGCUGCAGGAGUCUGUUACCAUGGUGGCGGCUGCCCGUGUCCUCUGA